AUGAAACAUGAGGCAAGGGUACAACUGGAAUCACACGACUUCUUAGAAAUGAGAAAGAUGAGAGAAAUGGAAAACGACAAUGUCAAUCGUUUCCUCGGAUUGUGCCUCGAUGGACCACAACUACUCUCAGUAUGGAAACAUUGCAGUAGAGGAAGUCUGAACGAUGUAAUCACCAAGGGAUCAGCGACAAUGGACAACGUCUUCGUAUUUUCACUAAUUCGAGAUAUUGCAUUCGUACGUGAGCUUUGCUUUCUGAAGUGUGUGCUCGAACAAGGGGGAUUUGAGAGUUCUGUAAAGAAUACUCAGGAUUUAGAUGAAUCGAGUAACAUUCGACUAUUCUCCGAGAUACUCUACUUGGUGAAGAAAGGAGGACAUAUGCAGGAGCGUCCAUCGUUGACGGUCAAAGAUGGUGAAGAAGCAAAUCCUGCUUUACUGCAUCUCAUUCGGGAUUGCUGGACAGAGCGCCCAUCUGAGAGACCGGAUAUAAAUAUGGUCAAAUCGAAUUUGAAAAGCAUGAAUACGAACAGAAAAGGGAAUCUGAUGGACUACGUAUUCACCAUGCUUGAGCAGUAUGCAUCAACGUUGGAGGGAGAAGUCGAAGAUAGAACGAGACAGUUGGCGGAAGAACAAAAGAAGAGCGAUGUUUUGUUAAUAAUACCUCUAUCAAUCAAUUGUAGGCAAGUAGCCGAAAAAUUAAAACUCGGGCAAUCUGUGGAACCGGAAACCUUCGAGAGCGUGACUGUGUUUUUUUCGGAUGUUGUAUCGUUUACUACUCUUGCGGCUAAAUGUAAUCCAAUGCAGGUGGUUAGCCUCUUGAAUGAUCUCUACACAAUCUUUGAUGGUAUAAUCGAUGCCCAUGACGUUUACAAGGUCGAAACGAUUGGUGAUGGCUACCUUUGUGUCAGUGGACUACCUCAUAGGAAUGGGAAGCAACACAUCAAAGAGAUCUGCAGCAUGUCACUCGGAUUCAUAGACAGCCUCAAAAGCUUCAGAAUACCUCAUCUACCUCAACAGGGCGUUAAUCUGAGAAUUGGAAUGCAUACUGGUUCCGUAGUAACGGGAGUCGUAGGACUGACCAUGCCUCGAUACUGCCUUUUCGGAGAUACGGUGAAUACGGCGAGCAGAAUGGAAAGCAACGGAAAACCUGGGAAGAUUCAUAUGUCAGCCGAAGCGGUACGUCUUCUAAUGGAAGUUGGUGGUUUUGAAGUUGAAUCCAGAGGAGAAGUUAUAAUUAAGGUAAUCAACCAAAUAAUAUUUUUGACGAAAAAUUAUGCAUCCGAACUCAAACGAUCCACCGAACACAUUCCAUUUUUUCAGGGAAAAGGAGUGAUGGAGACGUAUUGGCUUCUUGGACGCACAGGUGAAGUACGUCGUCGAUCGAUUUCACCAGUAAAGUCACCAGUCAAGGAACAAGUACAACAGAUUACCAAUGUGGAACCUAUCACUUCGGAAGGAAUAUAUGAAGAAUAUAAGAAGAAUGGUCCGAAGAUCCAAGCCGAAGACGACUAG